GCCGGCACGGCCCGGCCCGCUCAUUGCGCAACACGGUAGGACAGGUUUCCCUGUUAUCUGACGUGGCCUCAGUGCUGAUGACGGGCACGCCACGUGGCGUGUCGGUAGUGGACCUCUAGGGGUGGCAUCAGUAAGGAGGGGCAACACUAGGAGCGUGUAGUAGUGUGUGACGUGGGGUUCGGAGGAUGGACAUGGACGGUUCGAACGAGAUGCGGUUGGGAGCUGUCGAGUGGUUUAGCACCGCCCAGGUGAGAGCGGCGGCUUUAAGCCGGAUGGUGGCGAUGUUGCGAAUGAUUGUGACCGAGAGGAGGGUGCCAUCCAUGUCGUGGAUUCGGAGUGUCCAGCAAUCCAUGCUGGAGAUUGCGCGGGGGUUGGAGGAGGGGCCGCCCCCCCAUCCGGAAGCACCUACAGAUCGGCCACAAUUUCAGGCACUGAUGCGGCGCUGUUGCGAAGAGCUGGAGGAGGGGCAAGGUCUCUGCGGCUAGCUGGAGGAAUGUUUUUUUGAGGACGACGACGAUAUCACGGCAGACCCUCACAACAGCAACACCAGUGCAGAUGAUGCCGCCAAGAUUGACAGCGGUGAUGGCAAUGAUCAUUCCUUCAGCAUCGCUCGGAUCUACGACAACGAAGAUGGCACUGCGGACGGUGUUAAUAACGGUGCAAGCAUGACCGGCAACUAUAUCGAUAACAAUUUCGGUGCAGUCACCUAUGGCAUCGUCGAUAACUGCAGCAACAACGCUGGUCGUGACGGCACUGCGCACAACAACAACAACAAUAGAAACAACAGUGAUAACAACAAAGGAGUUGAUAACAACGGGGACAUCAACAUCAACAAUAAUAACAACAACGAUAUGCAUUACAAAAACGACGGUGCUUAUGAAGGGGUAAGUGAGGUUGGGCAAUCUCUUCUAUUUCUUCUAUUGUGCGCCGCCCCCUCCCCUCUUCCCCUUCCCCUCCCCCCAGAUGUCUUCUUCUGCUCUUCGGCUGUAGUAGAAGGGGGAGAUGGGCGAGAGGUGAAGGUGAUCGGGUUGAUUGGAAAACAGGAAGGUCGGGAUUGGGGGAGAGGAGUGGGAUGGAGGCGUGAGGGGGUAGGAUAGAAGAGUAGCAAGUGAGUUCGGGAUUUUAUCCGCUAGCCAUGUGGAAUUGUUGUUCUCCCUUUCCCCUAUAAUAAGGAUUUGGCCACGUGUUAUGGCAGGCGGGGCAUUAAGGAUUGGCACUGGGGCGAUUGCCGGGGUUGGCGGACAGAUGACGGUUGGCGUCAUGCUGCCUGUGUGAUUGAUUGGAGCCCUGCUGCAGGUUUGACUUCACGCCCACGAUUAGUUAGGAUUCGCCACGUGGCUAUCUCGCUAUCAAGUUUGCUACAUACUGUCUCCCCACUUGAGCGGAUUCGUUGAUUCCGAUAAGGAGGGUGCACGUAACCUUAUAUAAGGAAUUGCAAUAGUGGAACGGRCUUUCGUCCGAGGUGUUCCUAUAAUUGAUGUUUUAGCCCUACUUCUAAACACCCCUCCUCUCCGUCGUGUUGUGAGAGUGAUUUUUGAAGAUGCUGAGGAAUUUAGAAUAGGGAUAUAAAGACUUUAGAUUGCGAUGGCCAGUUAAUCCCCUCAGUUGAGGGCAAUCAAUGCUGGUCAUCGGA